AAACACGUCUCGAGGGUGAAACUCGAAGGACUUGGACGUGGAAAAGGAAGCGGUAAUUAAGAAGAUUAAGAUUGAGCUUAAGCUUUGCCGAUCUAUCACGAUCAUGACGUCAAAGAUACUUCUAGGUCAAUUCUAGGGUGGAUUGGUAAGCAAAUCCCGCAGAAAUAAAUCCUCCUUGAUCCUCUCGACAUCACCACCAAGGUUACCUCUAUCCCCUCCGAGUAUCCAAUGACAAUGUCGAUUCCCAAAACUGCAAAGGCCUGCGUUAUCGAGGCGGCUAAGGCUCCGUUCAAGAUUGUCGAGCGCGAGGUCGAACAGCCGAAGCAGGGCGAAAUCUUGAUCAAGACCCUCGCUUGCGGUGUCUGCCACUCCGACUCUAUCGUCAAGGAGGGCUACUGGCCAGUUCCUUGCCCCGUUAUCCCCGGCCAUGAGAUCAUCGGCCGCGUCGUCGCCGUCGGUCCCGAGGAGAAGCGCUGGAAGGUCGGACAGAUCGUCGGUGGAGGAUGGCACGGAGGACAGUGUUUCGCUUGUGAUAACUGCCGUGUUGGGUCUUUCACGACUUGUGAGAAUGGAACCGUGAACGGUAUCUUCAAGGAUGGUGGCUAUGCUGAGUACUGCUGCCUCCGCUCAGAGGCUGUCGUUGCCAUUCCGGAUGGCAUGUCUUACACUGAGGCUGCCCCGUUGUUGUGCGCUGGUGUCACUACUUACAACUCUCUCCGUAACACUGGAGCCAAGGCUGGUGACUUGGUUGCUGUUCAGGGUAUUGGAGGAUUGGGACACUUGGGUGUCCAGUUCGCUAACAAGAUGGGUUUCCGCGUCGCUGCUCUCUCCGCUGGAUCGGCCAAAGAGCAGCUCGCGAAGGAGUUGGGUGCGCACUACUACAUCGACGGAUCUAAGGUCGACCAGGUCGAGGAACUCCAGAAGUUGGGUGGAGCUAAGGUCAUCAUGUGUACCGCUCCUCACCCCGAGUCCAUCUCCCCUCUCGUCGGUGGUCUGUGCACUGAUGGUACGAUCCUCAUCCUCGCUGCUACCGGUAACAUCACUUUCGACACCACCGCCAUGAUCCAGAAGCGCGCGAAGAUUAUGGCUUGGCCUUCUGGUCAUGCCAAGGACUCUGAGGAGACUUGUGAGUUUGCCAAGAUUGCGGGUGUCAAGACGAAGGUUGAGGAGUUCCCUUUCACCGUUGAGGGUAUUGAGGAGGCUUACACCAGGAUGAUGGAGAACAAGGUCAGGUUUAGAUCCGUUAUCAAGUUUGACGAGUAAGGUGGACAAAGCAGGAGAUGUACGAUAAAACCAGAUGGUAUUGAUAAGAAAAGGAGAGCCGGCCGUCCACGCUCCAGAACCAAACUUUUGGAAAAGGAAUUUCCAAGCCAUACCUCGGCUGUAUGUAAUGGAUUUUCCGGCACCGAGCUCGCGUGUGAACGCUAACGCUUCAAGGCUCCCCGACGCUGGCGCCUCCGAAUGAACUCACCAACGCGAACGACCUGAACAACACGAGAUGGUCAAUUUAACGGGUUCUGGACCUUUUGAGAUCCGCAUUCUU